AAUUAACACAAAUAUUAUUGAAGCGAAACUUGUGGGGAGUGUUUGUGUCGCGUUCUGACUGUCGGAAAGUCAAAUUGUGCUAAGCAGAUGCCAGAAAGCAAAACUUUUUUGCUUUUGCAUUAUACACUAAAUAAUCUCGGCCACGAUAUCCGCCAGAAUUAACAUUUAGAAUAUACCAUUGACUGUUUCGGAUCGUUCUCAAAUUUCGCUGAAUAGAUAACAACAUACACAACAUUUGUCGGCGUUUUCGGCGUCAGUGUUCUGAAGUAGUUUUCAAACGCCCAGCCAUGUCCGACACGUCCAAGUCGAAUAACAACGCAGCCAGCGCGGCGAGCGCAGAUGGGGAUGCCGGCAAUGUCACACCAACGACGACACUACCACGCAGCAACCAUAAUAAUAAUAACAGCAGCAAAUUAAAGUCAACGCAGAACAGCAGCGGCGGCGGAAGCAUAGACAAACUGUCACCGGAUCAGGAUAUUUAUAUAAACGCAGCCGACGGUCUGCCCAGUCAGCACCCGACGCUGCCGCCCGAAGCUGACGUGGACACCGAUACGGAGCCGGAGGUGGAUCCCGAUUCGUUUGACGAUCUGCCCACCUCGAUCAUAGUGACCAACAUACAUUCGGAGGUGUUUGCUAAUCCCGAGCUUAAGCACGACAUGGAGGAGCUGUUCCGUACUUUCAGCGAGUCGGCUACUUUCCAGUGGCUGCGCAGCUUUCGCCGGCUGCGGGUGAACUAUGACAAUGCCGUUGCAGCGGCCAACGCGCGCAUUAAACUGCACCAAUACGAGUUUAACAAAAAGACGGUGAUCACCUGCUACUUUGCUCAGCCGGUGACACCUGUUAACAACAAAAAUCUACAGCCACCGGCGCCGGUCAAACAGUUCCUUAUCUCUCCGCCCGCCUCACCACCAGCCGGCUGGGAGCCGCGCGAGGAAGGUGAGCCGUUGGUAAACCACGAUCUGCUCGCUGCAUUGGCCAGCUUGACGCCCGGCGAAUCCCACGAGCUGCACCCACAGAGCGAGGAUCAGCCAGCAAUUAUUGUGCACACCGCUGUGCUGCCCGAGACCGGGAGCGUAGGCACAGCACUCCAGCCCAAAGCACCAAUUGUACAAACCAAAUGUCCGGAGCGCGCAUAAGCGCCAAACUACGAGCUUAAUACGAAAUGUUUGGAAUGAGAGCUAUGGCAAGCCAGAUGACUGAACAUUUGGCCAUUGUGAAUGGGCAGCAGUGUGGGCAGCCUGGCGGUUGAGAGAAUUUUUUGUAAAUAAUUUCUUAAAAACAAAAUUCGAUUGUGAUUAAUUUACACGUAGCUAUGUUUUAUAUUAAGUACUUGUACUCUCACGUUUGGAGCGUUUUGAAGUUUCGGUUUCCCGUCUCCUUAUGAUUUGCUGCGAGCGUUGCCGUCGAGCAUUUACAAACAUUAGCUUAUCUUAAUGUACGCCAAGUGGAGCUGUUAACUCCAAUUGAUUCUAGAUGUGUUUGUUGUUUGCAUACGAAAUCGCGUUGUCUCUCUCUUGGUGUCUGUUUCAAUUUGUAUCGAUGUGGCUAUCCACAAUAUCUAAAUGUACCUUCAUGCUAAAAAAGAAAUAUAACAAAAUAUGUUUGCAAGUAGCUGCAAAAAACGAACUUUUGCACUCAAGAUGACGAAGAAAUCGCAAACGGAAAUUCGGAUAUAAAACUAUGUAUAUGUUCACUUAUAUAUAUAUAUAUAUAUAUAGUUUAUAUGUAAAUGUUAAUCUAAUUGUAAGCCAGAGAGAAUUCGGAUAUCUAUAUCUGAUAUUGAAAUACGUAUAUAUGUAUACACAUUAGCUACAAUUCAAUAACAAGUAAAUGAAAAAUGAAAUUAUAUUCAAA